AUGGCCGAUAGAAAAUUGUUGUGGGUUGCUGAAUCUGUGGAGGCACUCUAUUCUAUUCUUGAGAAGGACCCGUUUAUCCUACAAAGCGUCAGUGAACCAUAUGUCCAUACACCACUUCACGAAGCGUCGAUUCAUGGGAAGGUAGAUAUGGCUGUGGAAUUGAUGAUGUUGGCGCCAUCAUUUGCCACUAAGCUAAAUACACGUGGGUUUAGUCCUUUGCAUCUAGCAGUGGAGAAUUGUCAAGUCGAGAUAGCGAUAGAGCUAAUAAAAUUUGAUCCGAAUCUUGUUCGUCUUCGCGGCAGAGGAGGUGUGACACCACUGCAUCAUGUCGUAGAGAAAGGUGACGUCGAUCUCCUCACGGAGUUUCUUAUGGCAUCUCCCAAGAGCCUCCUGGAUGUAAACGCAGUGGGCGAGACGGCUCUACAUACGGCAGUGUUGAAGGGCAGAUAUGAAGAGCUCAAAGUGCUUACUGGAUGGAUUCAACGAAUGCGCCAAAGUGAUGCUGCUUCUAUCGAGUCUGACGUCAUAAACAGAAAAAACCGUGAUGGCAACACCGCGUUGCACGUCGCAUGCUAUGAAAAUAAACACGAGGCAUUGAAGCUGUUGUUGAAAUGCCUCUGUAUCGACCGGAACGCCCAAAACAAAGAUGGUUUCACACCCCUUGAUAGCCUUCGAGCCAACGGUCGCUUCAUGGAGAAACGAACUGAAAAACUGAUAAAAAGAUCGGGUGGGAAGAGCAAGGCUUCUCUAUCUAAAGUCAAGACAUCGUCUGAAUUUUUGAGAUCACCGGUUAACUUCUGUGAAUACUUCUCCAUCACAAUGACACGUUACAGGAGCGGCAUAUCAGAUGGGAACAGAAAUGCGCUCUUGGUCAUAACCAUACUUGUCAUCACGGCUACUUAUUCCACAGCACUCCAGCCACCAAGAUGCGGAGAAAAGAAAAAGAACCAAGGUUAUUUUUCUCCUCCAGAGCAUUUCAAACUAUCUUAUUACUUUGGGGAUUCAAUUCGAUUGCAUUUUUGUCGGCUCUUUUCUUGA